AUGCCUUUAGCUGGAAGAGGUAGAGGUCGAUCACGUGGUGUAUGCUAUGGUCGAGGGAGAUCUUCCUGCGAACCAAGCGUUAGAGGUAGAGCACCCGUUGCUACAUUGAAUCUUAGAGGUGAUGGCAUGUCAACCUCAGAUGACUCAACCGUGCCACCAGAUGUCGUCCCAAGCACCGAACCGCAAGAGCAGGGGGUUGAGGUGGACUCAACCAUACCGACAAAUGGUAAUGGUUUGCUGUUUACAUCACCAUGUUGUGAAAACUAUACAAUAUUUACAAGUAGGCUUACAUGGUUGGUGAAGCACCAUGUCGACCUGAGUCACCCGAGCUGGCAUGAUUUACCAGAUAAUGAGAAGGAAGAGUUGAUUGCUCGUGUCCGGGCGGACUUUGUCCUUGACUGGACGAAGAAGAAUCACCGCGAUACAGUAACGAAGACACUUAGGAAGAGGUUCAAUCAUAUUCGGUAUGAACUUCACAAAAUAUACAAGAGUUACAAGACGAACGAAGAAGCUCUUGCGAAUGUGCCAGAGUUGGUGACACCAGCUACUUGGGUGAAGUUAUGCGCUCGAUGGUCAAGCGCGGAAUUUAGGAUGAUAUCUGAGAAAAAUAAAAGUAAUAGAGCGAAACAACAAACAAACCACACGGCUGGACGAACCUCAUUCGUAAGACUAAUGCAAAUGAGGUCUGAGAGUGAUAAGCACCUUAUUGAUUUCUUUAAAGAGGUGAGGUGGAGUAAGAAGAAGGGUAAAUUUGUGACUCCAGCGACGGAAGAGAAACAUAAUGAAAUGGUUGCCAAGUACUCUAAGUUAGAGCCUAAGAAGCAGACUAAGGAUGUUGCUGCAUCAAUCUUUAGGGAGGUACUAGGCCACAGGCCAGGGUAUGCAAGGGGGUUGGGGGAGAUGGUUAUCCCUGAGUCAUCUAGACAGAACACUGCAGAAAAAUUUGCAGCAUUAACAGAACGUGCAGAGAGGCAUGAGAAGGAUGCUGAGUAUUACAAGAAUCAGUUGGAAGAAUUACGGGGGAAUGUAGAGAAAGUGUUGGCGAAGCAAGCUGAGUACGACAAAUUAUUAAGUUCAUACAUGGAAUCACAGAGGCAAACCCAAGGAGAGUCUCAUAGAGAAACUCAAGGACCUGCAUAGGCAAUUCCUUUUUUAGUCAAUAAGUUUUUUGUGCGGAGAUGGAUUUGUGCCUUACAUGUCAUAGAAAAGUAUCUCCUAGUAUAACUUUUUUGAUUAUUAGAUAUUUGGUGUUAGGUUGUAUGUUUUGAAAGGGUUUACACUGACUUGCAGUACUUUGGUUUCUGUAGGCUGGGACCAAAUCAAGAAGUGGAAAAGCUUUGAGAUCAAUGAAAGAGGCUUCCAAUUUUCAGAUGAAGAGAUAUAACUUUCGGUUUUGAGAUGAAGAAGGCAGCUUCCAUGAUGAUCAAGACUUGCUUAGGAAAUCCUUGUUACACAAUAAAGAUGAGGAGUACACAUGUAAACUUACAUUGAUCUAUUAAUAUGGGAUGUUGGGGUGAAUUUCAAAUAGUCCUUUUUAUGAUGAAUGAAUGAUAUAUUGAUAUAUACAUGUUGGGAGAAUUUGAAACAUCUAUAUCAUGUAAACGAUUAGUUCAUGAUAUUGUAUGUUUAUUAGGGAAUAUGUUGAUUUAUUAAAAAUUUACAUGCGUUGGCUAUUGUAUUUAAUGGGGGACUACAG